UAUCUCUUUUUUCCCGUGAGCCUCGUCUUUAAUUCUUUUUCGAAAGUGGACCAUGAGACUAUGGACCAUGACCAGCAUUGCGUUAUUUCUAAGAAUUGAACCGGAAAUCAUACAAAAGGUUGAAAGAAGCUCGGUCGACUGUCAGCUCGGUCAGGAAACUAUUCAAGUUGGAUUUGAAAUUAUUCCAAGAUGAAUUUCCUGUGGUCAUUCCUGCUGUUUUCAGUUUAUUUAAAAUUCUCUCUGUCGCUCAACCAACAAGAAAUAAGCGCCCUCAAGAAAAUUAAAACAAAAUGGAACGUGUCCGACUUGCCAGGAGAACCGAAUUGUAAAGCAUGGUAUCGACAUAUACGCUGUAACGAAAAGCUGAAUGUGGUCUCACUAGACUUCGGUUUCGCCAAACCCGAGCUGCUAAGCGGAAGCAUUCCUGAGGCGUUAUGCAAUUUAACAUUCCUAGAAGAGUUAAAGUUAUUUGGAAAUAGACUUUCUGGAACUAUACCAACUUGCAUCGGUGACUUGGUUCAUUUGAAGUAUUUGGACUUUUCUGGGAACUGCCUGGGCGGGGAGAUUCCUGGAAGUUUAGGAAAUCUAAUCAAGAUGGAAUACUUUGACUUAUCUGUCAAUCAUCACGUCAACUUUUCAUUCUCUCAUCGCGAUCUUUGUGAAAAAUCGAUCAAAUCAAACGGUCUAACUGGGGCAUUACCAGCCAGCCUGGGUAAAAUGAACAAAGUAAAAUUCUUUUAUUUGUCUGGAAACAAGCUAAGUGGACCCAUACCUGAGUCUAUUGGGAAUCUAUCAAAUGUCAUGUAUAUGUACAUCAAUGCAAACAGCAUAUCUGGUAGCUUACCAAAAAGUAUCGGAAACCUGAAAAACUUGCAAGAUCUUCAACUUAAUAAGAAUAACUUGUCCGGUGUUCUUCCAAAAGAAAUUGGGAAUUGUUCUUCUCUUCGUAUCAUUCAAAUGAAUCGAAAUCUUUUAGGUGGGAGGAUUCCUGACACAAUUGGUAAUUUAGCACAACUUCAAGCCCUAGAGUUACUUGAUAAUGAACUAACGGGGAAGAUACCUGAAUUCAAGACUACUCCAGUUUUGGAUCUCAACUUGUUUGAUGUUCGAAAUAACAAUUUGACUGGACGACUGCCCGUGUCAUUUGGGGAUGCGCCCUUACGAUAUCUUUUCGUUUCUAAUAAUAUUAACUUGAAAGGAAUCAGCAAUAAGCUGCCAGAGUACAUUGAAGCAAAUUAUAGUUCACGUUCAGUGGUGGAUGAGAGGAGACAUUUUGAUUGCCCUGGAUUUAAUCUUCUUUCACGAGUUUUUAAAGUCACAGCUCCUUUAGUUCAACUAGAUCCUGAAUAUUACAAUUAUACUCUUUGUAAUUGCAAACCUGGUUUCUUUGGGAAUCCACCAAAUGGAUGUCGCACGUGUCUUGAUAAUGGAGUCUGUCAAGGUGAUGAACGUACUGUUCAGAGCUCUAUGAUGAUUCCUUUAAACUUUUAUCCAGUCACAGAUGAUGCAGGAACUUUGAAAGGACUUGAGCAAUGUAGUUUUGAUCUAGCAAACGGUUCUUUCGCUCCUUGCAAUCCAAAAGAUGAUUGUUUUUAUGGGAAAAAUGGACUGCAAGCCAAAUCAGGAAACUGUACGCUAUGUGCGAAAGGCUAUGAAGGAAGACUUUGCUCAAGAUGCACGUGCUCACCACACGAAUGUUUUUAUCAUUCUCACACACGAUGUCUUCCCUGUAAAACGAUGUCCACAACAUCACUGGCGCUGUUUUUUGCUGCUCUGGUCAUAAUUCUGAUUCUAUUCGCAUUGUUUCACGAUAGUUCCUUGGUUCGUCUUCUAUUGAUUAUCAUAUUGGUAUCUCUAGCUUUAACUUUGGAGUCUGGAUCGUGGCUAUACCUCAACUUUUUAGUAGUUUUUAUCGUUCUCAUUCCUGCUACCAGUAAUGGACUUAGCUCUGGACUUGUAAAAUCCCUGAUAUUCUACCUUCAGACUGUACCGGCAAUAUUUCCGCCAUAUUGGUAUUUCUUGGCGACCAAUUGGUUCAGCCGCAUAAGUUUUUCAAAUGUGAAUUUUAUUGGCCUGGAUUGUCUUUUCCCGCAGACCCUCGGUGUUUCUAAGCGUGCACAUCUAUAUCGUUUUAUUCUAUCCUUGUUUGCACCAGUCAUAAUAUUUUUGUUUGUAUUAAUUUUUUUGGUCUUCAAAAAAAUAGUUCUCUUUAUUUGUAGAAAAACAGGUCUUCGUGAAACAUCCAGUGGCUCAAUGCGCACGCAAAUCUUAUUUUCUCUUGUGUUUAUUGCAUAUUUUUCAUAUUUCAAUGCCUCAACCCUGGUAAUCUCUGUUUUUAGCUGUUCAAAAGAUUCAUCUGGGUAUGAAUAUAUGAACCGUGAGCAUUAUAGAUCUGUACGAUGUUAUAAUACAACGGAGUGGCAAAGCAUGGCCAUUGCUGCAUCUUUCGCUGGCUGUUUCUUGAUACUACUUCCUCUUUUAAGUUUUAUAAUUCUUCUUAAAACUCACAGAAUGUCACUCGAUGAUCCCAGUUUGACGGCUUGGUUGGGCUAUCUGUAUGGAUCUUACAGACCUACAGAAGUACGGUCAUCAUCCAAGCUUCGUAAUUCCUUUUGGUUUUACUUCGAGGUGUUUUAUAUGAUCUAUCGUAUCUGUCUCGCAUUUUGUUUAGCUGAAGGUAAAGUUAGUGGUGAGAGUAUGUUUUUUGUUAUGGCGCUGUUACUUGUUCUUCUACCUGUUUUUCUUGGCUUUAAGCCGUACUCUCGUCCUGUCGACAACUAUGCAGCAUUCACCAGUACUAUGACGCUGAUUCUAACGUUAUUUGCGACAACAAUUAGCAAGACACCCGAGUUCUACUCCAUCCCUCUCCCAUUUUUUAUCUUAGCGCUGAACGGCUUGACUAUUUUAAUGUAUUUUGUUCUCAUAGUAUGGUAUGGUAAAGAUGACUUAAAAAAUAACGUCGAUAGCCUUAAGCAAACAAUUCUGUUCUGUUAUGAUAGGAUAAAGCUUUGCCAAAACAGUUUCAGGGAAAAUCAAGGCCACUUUGUUGAGCCUUUAACCCUUUGACGACGGGUGUUUUUUUGUUGAUUUUGGAGCUUUUUCGACMCUAACAUCUUGAUAAAAURAUUGACUUCCAUAUAAGGUGCUGUCAAUAAAACUAUUUCGGAUUUGAAUUCCCUAGGGAGCGUUAAUUUAUGCAGGGUUUUGUAAAUUUAGGUUAGACCGUUUGUUUAUCGACCGGUUGGGCCUAAAUUUACCCAAAAACCCGUUUAUAAGUGUUUUUUGAGCUUUUUGCUGCCACAGGAGCCCCUAGGCUUGCAUCAUUAAGCUUGGCUAGUCGGCAGAGACAAUCUUCUGGAAGAAAUCAGAGGUG